CCCCUCUGCUUCGAUCGGCUUUGGAGCUCCGCGGGAUUCGGGGCUGCUGGUUUAAUUAGCUGGGACAGGUGGCCGCUCUGAGGUCCGUCUUCCCUUCCCGCUGUUUGCCCAGACGCGCUUAGCCCCUGCCGCUCCGGCGACCAGCCGAGGCCGUUGGAGCAUGGCCACUCUACUCCGGAAAAUCGGGCUGAUUCGUCUGCACAACAGGGACACGGAGGACCCCAAGCACCACCACCACCACCACCACCACCGGCGCGGCAGCCUCCAGCAGGGCUCCUCCCGCUCCGGCUCGGCCUUGGUCUCCACGUCUUUGGUGCCGGCCAGCCGGCAGGCGCACUGCACACAAGUGCGCACCCGACGGCUGAUGAAGGAGCUGCAGGACAUCGCCCGCCUGAGCGACCGCUUCAUCUCGGUGGAGCUCGUGGACGAGAGCCUCUUCGACUGGAACGUCAAGCUGCACCAGGUGGACAAGGACUCGGUGCUGUGGCAGGACAUGAAGGAGACCAACACCGAAUACAUCCUUCUCAACCUCACCUUCCCAGACAACUUCCCCUUCGCACCGCCCUUCAUGCGGGUGCUCAGCCCACGCUUGGAGAACGGCUAUGUUCUCGACGGCGGAGCCAUCUGCAUGGAGCUGCUCACUCCCCGAGGGUGGUCCAGCGCCUACACCGUUGAGGCUGUCAUGCGCCAGUUUGCUGCCAGCCUUGUGAAAGGCCAGGGCCGCAUCUGCAGAAAAGCUGGAAAAUCAAAAAAGUCCUUUAGCCGUAAGGAAGCCGAAGCAACUUUUAAGAGCUUGGUGAAGACCCAUGAAAAAUAUGGGUGGGUCACUCCUCCCGUGUCCGACGGCUGAUACUACUUGCAACCCACUCAUCAGACACUAAACAACACAACCACAAAAAUGAAGUACUUUUUGACAUUUUCUCGAUGCUGUAUACCACAUCCAUCCUUUUCUACUUCAGCUUCUGUUAAGUAUCAUGAAUGUCAUGGAGACAUCCAAAUUAUUUAUGAGCAGAUCUGUUUACAAAGGGAAGGAAAGGAAAUGCUGUAGAAGAUUAUAUUUUGAAACUGGUGAAUGAUCAGUUGAUCAUCUUACGUCACUUUAGUGCAGAUGCUGAGAUUGUAUCACUGGCCCCUGUCGACCUUGUCGCCCUCUUCCAUCUGAGCCACAUUGUCACCUGCUUUUUCCCAUGGCACAGCAACAACAACUGGUGAUAGUGGAAAUUCCAUCCAUUGUUGCUUAGUUCAUUUAAAUGUGAAAUGAAGCCGUUCAUAUUUAAUUAGGGAAGCAUUGCAUUGAAGAUCCAUAUUUGCUGUGCUGUUUUUAAUCUCUUUUUUCAAGCAGGUCAACCUACCUUGAAGAUGUGUUUUCUGUGGAGCUGUGGUCUGCUGUGGCUGAAUUUUAGACCUCAUUUGUGCUCUGUAACAUGACCUUUUGUUCAUAAAAAAAAGUCAGAAUUCUAGCAAAGACACAAAGUCUAGUAUUUAAAACAAAAAGCACUCCGUUGGUCAAAAUGUGCUAGCUGUGGUGAUAUGUGGAGUGCAGUUGUUCACCAGUAAAACCAGUCUGAUCCCAUGAAGGUCAGGUAGAAGUGGAAUGAGCCCAUGAGCAAGAGGUUGCAAGGAAAUUGGUGGCCAAAUAAUUCUCAUCUUCCCAGUAGGAUGAGCAUAUUUUUCUGUUUACUUCUGCAGUGGCCAAAAGUAGAUUGCAGAAGACUUAACCUUAAAUGCAUGGUACUCAGUUUGAAAUGAUAGACCUGUUACAAAAGCUAAGUCAGAUUUUUUUUAAAAAAAAUGAGGCAUCUUUAGGAUUAUUUGCAUGCCUGGAUUUCCUUUCCCAACAUAAAAAAACAAGUACAUUUGAGUCCCGUGUCAGAAUCAUAUGUAAAUGUCCAGCAGGUACUAAGGAUUCACAUUCCUUCUUAUAUUAAACAGGUUUUUAAGACUUAAUAUAAUGUUCUGAGGAAUACAAAGGGUGAAUCUGAAAUGUGGAACUCAAAUGGAAAAUUGCAUUGGACCCAUUCUAAAUAAAAUCAG